AUGGAUAACUCGACAGACCCUGGCGCCACCUUUGCGCAUCCUUACUACCCAGUCACCGCUGCGCUACCGCACUACGUUGCCAACAAGAACUCCGUCCUUGGCCUGCUCGUAUUCUUCGGGAGCAUAAUAUCUUCCGUCGUGUUCACUGCCGUCGUGGGUGCUAGAAACGCCUAUCCUCAGCUGACAGCCUCGGACCAGCUUACCGUGGUUUGGUUUGCUCUUUGCGGGUUCCUUCACUGUUUCUUCGAAGGAUACUUCAUCCUGAACCACAGACGCCUCGCGAGCGACCAAAGUCUCUUCGGCCAGCUAUGGAAGGAGUAUGCGCUCUCCGACUCUCGCUACCUGACCUCCGAUCCAUUCAUGCUCUGUGUUGAGUCUUUCACGGUAUUUGUGUGGGGUCCCCUCUGCUGGGCCAUCGUCAUCACUACUGCCAAGCGGAGUCAAUUGCGUUACCCCUUUCAGAUCAUCAUGAGUGUCGGACAUCUAUACGGAGUCGUGCUCUACUACUCAACCAGCUUGAUCGAGUUUUAUUCCAACGGAGUGUCGCACAGCAGACCCGAGUUCUUGUACUUCUGGGUCUACUACAUUGGGUUCAAUGCCCCUUGGGUCGUGGUGCCUGCGAGUAAGUCAUAA